AGGUCCUGUCCCUGCGUUUUUGUGGGGGAGUGUCUGUAAAUGAUUGACUUUUACAUUUGCAGACGUUUGUAUUGUAAUACUGAUAUCGAAAGUAAGCAAAUACAACCACAAUAAUAAAACAACCAAAAAUCGAUAAUAAAGUAACUGAAAUUAUAUUCCCAUGCUACAGAUUAUCAUUAGGCAGAUCCUUAAUGUAACAACAUAGCCUAACUAAAAAUAGGCGCAAACAUAACUUGCUUCCCUGGUACUGGAGUACACACGUUCCUUUCGUUUUCAUUUCCCGGAAGGAUGAGGUUCCGAAAGUUAUCGAGUUGUGUGCACUUGGUUUUCAUUUGAUCAUUUGCAUGUUUCACGUUAUUUGAAAAGGCUGUCAAAUCCGCUAAUGACGUAUGGAUAGAACCAUUGAAGACCUGCCGCCGCAACUUUAAAUCGAGCAAGCUAAAAGAGGGAGUCUUCCUUCACCCAUGUCGGUGAUGCAUGUCAAAAAAGAGGGGGUUCCCUCCUCUGCUCAGCCCUGCAAGCCUCCGAAGCUCCCGUCAACCUGUCCCCCAAUUCAAGCGGAGUUGUGUUAUUUACCCGGACGUCUGCGUAUAAAUCCCUCUCUGUGGGACACAGAGGAUGUAGCUCAUUGGCUAAACUGGGCCCAGAAGGAGUACUCCCUGCGCUGGCCAGAGAAAAAGUGCUUUGAGAUGAAUGGACGAGCCCUCUGUCUGCUCACCAAGGAGGACUUCAGACGGCGCUGCCCAAAUUCAGGUGACGUGCUCUAUGAGAUCCUGCAGUGCGUGAAGCAACAUAGGAUGGAUGUGCUCUGCAAGCCCCCCGAUCAAUCCCAUCACAGACCUCUGAUUCAGCAGAACCCCAAUGCUCUCGUCCAAAGAGCCCAGUGUUUUGCAACACAUACAAGCACAGUUCCUGGAAGCGUUGAAGGCCCAGCUCGUUCCUUUACUAGUUUGACCAGCCGGCAUGAACCAAUGAAACAAGAAAAUUCCUCAUCUCCUCCCACGCAUCGGCUUCCGCAAACCUCCCCGGAUGUCUUAGCUGAUGCCCCCACACCUCCGUCCGAGAGUCCUCGCACAGCCAACCCCGGAGAUGAACCCCUAAACCUCUCCAACCGGGAGAAGGCAAGAAGCCCACCACGUGAAGGACACAUACCAGAGUGCAGGCUCCUCUGGGACUAUGUUUACCAGUUGCUCUGUGAUCCACACUAUCGGGCGUACAUCCGCUGGGAAGACCAAAAGAGGCUUGUGUUCAAGGUUGUCGACCCAAAUGGACUCGCUCGCCUCUGGGGAAACCACAAGAGCAGAGACAACAUGACCUACGAGAAGAUGUCCCGGGCUUUGCGACACUAUUACAAACUGAACAUCAUCAGGAAGGAACCCAAGCAGAAACUACUAUUCAGGUUCCUGAAGACCCCUCAAGAGAUCAGAGUGCAGCGGAAAGUGCCGAGCACUGAGCAUGGGAUUGCACCCCAGGGACAGAGUCCUUUCCUGGACAGGGGCUCCCCCGGACACUCUUCUCCAACAGAGUCUGAUGAAGACAAAGCGUUGGAACUGUCCCCAUAGUCCCUCCACGGCUGGUCGAUUUCCAGUGAGCAGGGAAGGAGUCAUUUUUAUGUGUCUGUGUGACCUUUGUAGGUGAAUAACGGUGAAACUGUUGGGUCUGGUCGCAAAGUUCACGAUCAUAAAUUUGCCUUUAUAUUGGCCCACAAGAAGUUGGUCAAUGUAUCAGUCAGUGGCUUGUAGUUUGCUAUUGCUGUUGCUGAUGACCGAUAUCAACGUGUUGUCUCAGGGCUAUAUCAGAUAUUGCUGAGUUUACUUACAUUUUUGGUUGUUUGCAUGCAGAAUUAGGCAACAAAUACAGAUUGUGGUAUUGUGUAAAUUUGAGCUGAUGUUUUUUUGUAUUUUCUUCUGUUCUAAUGUUGUCAUGUCACUCUCAAGUAAAACUGAACUUUUACUUUUUUUUUGUCAUUAUAUAUAUAAUAUGGUUUAUUGAAGACUAGUUAUUGAUAUGUUAUAAGUUGUUUUAACUGUAUAAAUUGAACAAAAGCUUUUAAUAUCAUAUCAAUUAAUAUAAUCUUGAUAAAUUAUAUUUGAUUUUAGAACUGCAUUUUCGUACGGAUCAUGCAAUUGUAUGUGGUGUGUGUCUAGGUUUGUGUGUGUGAGUUUGUGUUAAAUGAUCAGCAGAUAUAUAUUCUGUAUUUUUCUCUGAUUCUCCGUGGGUUUAGAUUAUGCUAAACCCACGUGACUGUCUGUGACUGUGUCUUAAUGCCUAUUGAUUUACAUAUUUGUAACCCGGGUUUAGAUAACACCUUUUUCAUUUAAUCAGAUUUAAAUCACAACCCAUUAAAGAAUAAAUAAAUAUAAAGAGAAAAGUCGACUCUCUCUAGCUUUCAAUUAAAUGUUACAUUUGUUAGUUUUAAUCGAAAGGAUGAACCUCAGUUUCGUGAUUUAGACCUCACUUGACCUCACCCCCAGAUGUACACGGUGCAAUGAUUUUUUUCACCACUGGGAUGCUGACUGUGUUUCCUGCCUAAUGUUUUUUCCUUUGGCGGCCCUCAGUCAAAUUUUGGGUUCCUAAAUAGGCCCUCAGCUGUCAAAACUUUGAGAACACCUGAUCCAUUGUAUCUGACUGAUAUGGUGGGAUUAUAGUUCUCUGAAUCACAUGGUUUGAGUCUAGCCAAUCUGACUGAGGCUUUUGCAUUUUGUUUACCGGAUUGCUUUGCGUUCGAAAUUUGUAGGCAUCCGUUGCCUACAUCUGAAAAGUUACACUAAUUUUGACAACCAUUAUUCACGUUCCUCCGGGAAACAGUGUUGGUUAACUUAAAGUGUUAGCAUCUAUGUUCUCUGUCAGUGGAAGCUCAUUGUAGAGUACCCUUGCAGUGGGUAACCACAACCUGGUGAGUGGGUGCACAGAAAAUAGAAGGAGAAGCUGCUUGAUGAACUUCAGCUCAAAUGAUGGAUGUGAACUCAGUGGCUUGGAAACGCCCACGGCUGGCAGAUGAGUCCAAUGGAUGAGGUGGAGCACAGCACCAGAACCCAAUUCAGACUACUCUCCUCCCACCAUUUAUCUUCUUACCAUUACAAAGACCACCAUUAUUGUGUAUGGAUAAAGUUUAUUCAUACUAGUUAGAAAGAGACCGUAUCAAUAACAAUUUUUUUUAAUAAAUUGAUGUUAUCAGGCAUAUAGAGAUGAUGUUGACACCUAUUUUUAACUUCCUAAUUUGGAUCCAUUUUCAUAAACUCUGGAACAGUGGCAGAGAUUUCCACAUUCCUUUACUUGUGUGCACACAGUAGUCUAACAGGUUGUCAAAGGCCACUUUACAAACACUGAACAUUAGGAUAAUCGCAAUGUAUUUUUGUUACAUUGAAAAGUCCUGUUGGCUCACUGAGUGUGUUUGUGUGGCUGAGCCACCUCCUGAAAAUACAUGUUCCUUUACCUCAUUUAGAAUCGUUAUUAAUAGUUCU